AUGGAGGUGGGGACCACAACAGAAAGGAUAGGGAUAGGAAGAUGUAUUUUAGAAAAGUUGGUCGAAGACAAAGACUCAUGUGUCAAAUUUCAAGAAGGAUAUUCAAAAUUUUGUCUAUUAUUAAGUAUUUCUAGUUUUCUCUUCUUUCUUUUUUUUUUCCACACCCAUGCAGCUACGUUUGAAGUCCGCAAUAAUUGUGUCUUCACUGUUUGGGCUGCCGCAGUACCGGGCGGUGGACGACAGCUUAAUCAAACAGAUGUUUGGACAUUCGAAGUGAAACCCGACCUUAAGGAUGUUCGUAUUUGGGCUCGAACCAACUGCAGCUUCGAUGAAUCAGGUCGCGGUAGAUGUGAGACUGGUGAUUGUGGUGGCCUCCUCGAGUGCCAAGCUUACGGUACUCCGCCCACCACCCUCGCCGAAUACACAUCGACCCAAUUCAAUUUGUUCAAACUGGACCUCUUUGAUAUAUCUCUCGCCCAUGGCUUUAAUGUUCCCACGGAGUUCAGCCCAACUUCUUGCAGAUGCACUGGUGGUGGGGUCAGUGGCAUCAGCUGCACAGCGGACAUCAACAGACAGUGCCCAACGGAGCUGAGAGCUCCUGGAGGCUGCAACAGCCCUUGCACAGUGUUUGGUAGCGAUCGAUACUGCUGCACUGCCCGACACAGCAAAUGCGGGUCGACAAAUUACUCCAGAUUCUUCAAGAGUCGGUGUCCACAUGUUUACAGUUACGCAAAAGACGGUGCCUCCAGCACCUUUACUUGCCCUGGAGGAACCAACUAUAGAGUCGUCUUCUCGGCUAUCUUUGAAGUACGCAACAAUUGUCUCUUCACUGUUUGGGCUGCCGUAGUGCCAGGCGACGGACGACAGCUUAAUCAAACAGAUGUUUGGACACUCGAAAUGAAACCCGACAUUAAGGGUGCUCGUAUUUGGGCUCGAACCAACUGCAACUUCGAUGCAUCGGGUCGUGGUAGAUGUGAGACUGGUGACUGUGGUGGCCUCCUCCAGUGCCAAGAUUACGGUACUCCGCCGAACACCCUCGCAGAAUAUUUAUCAUACGAAUAUGAUAUCACGAACUUGGAGAUGGGUGAUAUUUCUCUCAUCGAUGGAUUUAAUGUUCCGAUAGAGUUCAGCCCCACUUCUAGCAAAUGCUCAAAGCUAAGCUGCACAGCGGACAUCAACCGACAGUGCCCAAAGGAGUUGAGGGCUCUUGGAGGCUGCAACAAUCCUUGCACCGUGUUCGGUGGCGAUCGAUACUGCUGCACUGUCCCGGACAGCAGCUGUGGGUCGACAAGUUACUCUAGAUUCUUCAAGAAUUUGUGCCCAAAUGCGUACAGUUACUCAGAAGACAUUGCCACUCAUGUAUUUACUUGUCCCAAAGGAACCAACUAUAAGUAUACAGUCGUCUUCUGCCCUUAGAACCUUACAAUGUAUAAACCAACACUUUGC